AGCAGCAGAAAUGCUCCGUGCAGCUAACGAACGUCCAGCCGCCUGUGGUUCAGUGUAGAAGCAGGUUCAUCGGACCAUGAAGCGCUGGUUGGGUGGAUAAAACUCCUGAAAAAAACCCUGCUGACCAUGAGUGGGGCUGUGUGCGGACUUGCGGAGGACAUGGACCGACAAAUUGUGAAGGCUGUAUGUGAUGAGGACACGAUGUCUUGUACCCGCAUGGGGAUGUCAGAUUUGCCCGAUGAGAUCCUGCUGUGCAUCCUCCGCCAUGUUCCAGUGUGUGACCUGCUGAUGAACGUGGCAAACGUCUGCCACAAGUUACACACACUGUGCCACGACAAGACCCUUCUCACAAACGUCAACCUGUCUGAGGAGUAUCAGGCUGAAGAUGUGUUGGUUCGGCAAGUGCUGAAGCAGCUAGCCAAUCACGUGCAGUCUCUCAGCCUGAACGGUUGCUACUGGCUGUCUGGUUCUACCCUGGAUAUCCUUGCACGCUGCAGAGGAGUGACCGACCUUGAUGUCACCGGCUGUCGCUUCACUCCCCCUCGCCUGUCCCGUCUCCUCUCCUCCCUCUCUAUGCUCAAAUCACUUGCUUUUGAUGUGACGGCUGACUUCAACUCACUUCUGCUCACUUCAGAAGCGGUGGACACCCUGAGCCGCCUGUCAGAGCUCAGGCAGACUCUGUUCACACCGAGUUACGGCGUGGUGCCAUGCUGUGCCCAACUCCGCAAGCUGAUGCUGCAGUUCGACAUCCCAGACGUGACCAGAGAGGGUGUCGGUGUUUGCUGUCAGUUAAUGGUUGGUCAGAGCAGUGUGCCACAUUACCAACAGCUGGAGGAGUUUACCGCCAGACUGGCUCCAGGAGAGGUAAACCAGACCUUGCUCCUUCUCUACCUGGCGGUGUUCAGUGUUCACGUUCCAAAGCGCCUCAGAGUUUUCCUCGUUUCGAUUCCUGGCCCAAACCCUGCUCGCUGGCCGGCUGCUCCCUCACUGGCUCAGAGUUUGGGUCAACACGGGGACCUGGUGGCCCUGCAGCUCCCUCGGUCCUGGCUAGAUUCUUUGUCACUGAAGCGAGCUCUGGAGGGAAACAGCCCCAAGCACCUUAGCUUUAGCCGCUGCCCGGCGUUAUGGCCUCAGGUGUUCCAGUCGCUGCUGGAUGGAGGAGUCAGAGAUGCCACAGAGCUGAUCAGUCUGAACCUCAGUGGGAUCAACCAUGUUCCUUACUCAGAGUGCAGGAGCGUGGAAGAUCAGCUGGUUGCUGGGACAAUGAGGCAGUUGGCAGUUGGCUGUUCCAACCUUCAACACCUGAACCUGAUGCACACACAUUAUCAUCACGGAAACUCACCUGGACUGGAUGAGGGAACACACCUGUGUGCCAGCUUGGCCAAACUCGGUCACCUGCACUCUCUUACUCUGCCUGCCUGCGCUCUGUCAGAUGGCCUAAACACAAAUCACAUCUCGACACACAACACCCCUCCCUCUCCGCUGUUCCAGGGGUUAAAGAAAGUUCCACGUGUGGGCAUCCAGAAUUACAACCCUGACUCAGAGUCUUCUCUCUCAGGGGACAGCACCUCAGGGCUCACUUUGCUCUUAGCCGGCUGCCCUUUGUUAGAGACUUUUGAACUCAUCGGUCCGGGUUUUGCCUCUACACUGCCUCGACUUGAGCCUUGCACUCGUGCCAGCGUGGAGCCUCGUGGUAUGUGUGCGUGGGCACGAGGAGUUGGCGACGCGCAUAUAGCUGCCCUUGGUGCUUUGCCUCGAUUGCAUCGUCUGACUCUGGCUGGACUUCCUGGGGUUCUCAGGGGGACUGGGCUGGUACAGAUGGCAAAGCAGUGCAGAGACCUGCGAGUUUUAUCCCUCGCUAAUCUGGGAUCACUGAAAAUCAUGAACUACACUCCUGCCUUGUUAGACAUGCUUAAACACUGCACACAGCUACAGGAACUCAGGUUAGAGCAGCCCUACUUGAAUGCCAAUGCGUCGUUCUUUGAGGCUCUAUCCUGCUGCUCUCGUCUCCAGCGCGUCUGCCUGAUCUCGCGUAGCGGCACUUUUGACCCGUCAGCCGUAGAAACCUUCAUGGAGCGAUGCUGCCACGUCAUCAUGUGCCACAUAUUCAUGGGCGGCACCUUAGUGGCUUGUCGGACACUGGAGAAAGCUCUGCUAGACAGAUUUUCUGCUGGGCGCUCAGCUCUCAGCGUGGCCAUCUAUCCGUUACAACAUGAAGACCUGCCUUCAGUCAUCAGAGAUAUUCCGCUAACACUUCUGGAUCGGAUCACUUUGUUUCAGAGCCACGUGGCUCAGCCGCCACAUUUAUCACCAUUGUGACAUCACCAGAAAGCUUUAGUGUGAUUGGUGCUCAGCAGAUGAGGUGCUCAGACUGUUUUUUUUUUUUUUCUUCCUGCAGGAAAUAAAAUUCACAAAUGAAAGAGAAUGACUGACGAAUUGUCAACGCAAGUCGAUUCUUGAUUGUGUCAUCAACAACGGUUACAGGCUGCUCUACGACAAUAUGUCAGCCAUGAUUGUUUACAUUCAUGUGACAGUAAUGAUGGUUUUUAAAGGGAAACUUACUUGCUCAGGCUGAAAGAGGUUUAUUAUUUUAGAGGCCUCAGUCACAAGUCAUUUAUGUUACUCAGUUAGAAACAAGUGCCAAAUAUAUAAAUUGCAUAUUUGUCCUAAAACUUUGUAUCUGAGGCUAUGAAUUAAAGGACGAUGUAAUAAACUCUAUUUAAAUUAUUUUUAA